ACACACAGGGGAGGGGAAGACACUCUGCUCCCUUACACACUUUACCGAGACUGGAUCCCAACUGAUCAUAACAGGGAUCCCAGCACCCAACCGAUCCCCAAACAAGGACUAACUGCUGAACUCCUGGCUCUGGACCAGACCAUGUGAAGGGGGGCAUCAGAAACAUGGCUGACAGCUCAGACUGGGUGGAAAUCAUCGAGCCGCGCUCCCAAGAGCGGAUGUAUGUAAACCUAACAACUGGAGAAUGUGGUUGGGAGCCCCCACCAGAUGUCCACAUCCGCCAAUCUGGUGAAAACCAGUGGUGGGAGCUCUACGACCAGCAAAGUGGACGGUUUUACUAUUACAAUGCUCUGAACCAUCAGACAGUGUGGCAUCGACCCCAGCAAUGUGACAUCGUGCCUCUGGCCAAGCUUCAAGCCGUAAAGCGCGCCUCUCAGCCCAAUCUCACCGGGCGGGCCAGCCAGGAGCGGAUCUCUCAUUCCGGCAGCAUCGGCAGCGAUGGAGGAAACGCGGCGAAUGAUGUUCUGGUGCUUCAGGAUGCUGAGUUUGGAAAGGACGGAAAUAAAAGGAAGGGAGACAGCAUGGACAGCCGAACGAGUUCAGGGAGAUGGCAGCCCGUGCCCGGGACAAAGGCAGCCAUGCUGGUGAAGGUGAACAGUCUCAGGCAGGCUCCUGCAUCCCCAACCUGUGCACCCCAGCAAAACAGCAUCCCGAAAAACUCUUCUACUAAAACCGCUGGACACGCGCAGCCUUUCGCCGAGAAAUCUGGUGGGGAUCCCAAGCAGUCCAUGCAGAUUAAAAAGACUGAUAAUGGUGGCUUUUGUCUGGUUUUAUCCAACGGGGCCAAUGGCCAGACCCCACAGAGAACGCCCACAGGCACACUUCAGCCGCCAUCUCCCAGAUAUGGCUCUCCGCCUCCCAUAUAUGACGAACCUUCAAUGGAUUCUCCCAUUUAUGAUGAACCACCUGCAGAGAUGGACUUUGAAAGCAUGACUGCACGUUCGGUUUCUCCACCUUUGUCCCCAACCGGUAGCCUCCACAGUCAACCUCUGCCCCCAAAACUCCUUCCCUAUCCAAGUGUUCACCAGCAUAAACACAAGAGGAACCCAUCCGCCACAGAAUACAGUCCAGCGGGUAGGGAGUACAUUAAGCACAUGGUGAAUGUUGACCAGUCCUCGAAACAGACUACAUCUCCCACUGGGUCCCUUGACGCUCCAUCCAGACAUCAGCCUGGUCAACUGGCCCUGAAGGAGAGUUUCAAACAUUCUUGGAGGGUUUUGGAAGCUAAUGUUCUUAAGAACAUGGAGGCCCACCAUAAUCGCCAGAACAGCCUUCCUCAAGACUACCCCACGGUUGUGAGUCAGCAGGAUUCCGGCUACUCUACGGGACCUUCCCCAAGCUUGAGGAAAAAGAGGGGUAGGCGGCAAGGUGCUGGUCAGAUAAGACCAGGCUCGGUGGGCAGCAGCAGUGAGCUUAAUGCGCUGAAUGAGAAGCUGAUUGCCGAGAUGAGGACAGUGGUCACCAGGUCCCCUGUCUGCAGGGGAAGCAAGGCCAGCCUGGACACCGAGAUGCUAGAAAGCACUGUUGCUGCCGACAAUAAUAAAGUGAGGUUUCGGAUGGACUCCUUAAAAAAAUGUGGUGGGACAGGGUCGAGGGACGAUGUCACAGCCAGCAGUAGAUCUUUGUACAGACCUGUUCCCGAGCGCCGUGAGAACGUCGGCGUAGAGGCACCAGCACAAGAAGUGGUCCGGCAGAAACGAACGUACGAGAAGAUAGAUUUCCUGGAGAAAAAGGUCACCAGUCAGAUCAGCUUACUUUCAUCAGAGUCAACAAAGACGGCAUCUCAGAGUGGAACUUUGGAAGCUAACCCAACGUGCGAGAGCCGGGCCCAGACGGGAUUUGGACCUGGAUACCAAUUUCCAUAUACUACUUUACGGAAACCCCUAUCUCAGACUAGCAUGGUGGACUGGGCUUCAAAGAACCUUAAUAUGCACACUCAAGGCAUUUUCCGUAGGAGGAUUUCCAUCUCGAACAUGCUCUCGUGGAACGGAGGCUCCAUCAAGAAGCCCAUGCUGAUAACAAGCAACCGUGUCAUCAAGAAGGAAGCCUGUGAGAUGUUUAAGAUGGUGCAGGUCUACAUGGGUGAUCGCCAGGCAAGGACUGACAGGAACCAGGUGGCGCUGGUCCUGGUGACCAAAUGUUGGAGCUUGCAAGGGUUGAGGGAUGAACUCUAUAUGCAGCUGGUGAGACAGACCACCAAUAACAUGUCCUACCGGAGUUUGUCCUUGGGAUGGGAACUCAUAGCCAUAAGCUUGGGCUUCUUCUCUCCAUCGCCUAAAUUUCAGUCGUAUUUGGAAGGAUAUAUCUACAAACACCUGGACGAAGUCAGCGAUCUUAACAUUACCCAGCGGAUCGAGGAGUUUCAAGAAAUGAAGAACAAGAAGAAUUCCAAAUCCCGCAAAAAGAGGAAGCAGAAUGGGGAUGAAGAUGAAGGUUUAGCCAUCAGCACCUAUGCCAAGUACUGCUACCGCAAGCUGCAAAAAGUUGCAAUUACCGGAGGAAAGAAGGGCCUCAGGAAGCCAACACUCGAGGAGAUCGAUCAAGCCCGGCAGGCCAUUGUGACUCCAUCGCUGUUUGGGAGUUCUCUGGAGGAGAUCAUGGAGCGCCAACGGGACGUUUAUCCUGACCGAAGACUGCCCUGGGUGCAGACCCAGCUCUCCCAUCAAGUGCUGGCCUUGGGAGGCGAGAAGACGGAAGGGAUAUUCAGGGUCCCUGGAGAUAUCGACGAGGUGAAUGCCCUUAAAGUGCAAGUGGAACAGUGGAGAAUACCAGAGAACCUCUCCGACCCAACUAUUCCAGCAUCUCUCCUGAAGUUGUGGUAUCGAGAGCUUGAGGAACCCCUGAUCCCGCAGCAGUUUUACAAGCAGUGCAUCAGUAACUACGAAAACCCCGAUGCAGCGGUCGCUGUGGUCCAGCAGCUUCCAGAGCUCAACAGACUGGUCCUGUGUUAUCUCAUCCAUUUCCUUCAGAUUUUCUCCCAGCCAUCCAAAGUGGGCACAACAAAGAUGGAUGUCAACAAUCUGGCCAUGGUAAUGGCUCCCAAUUGUUUGCGGUGCCAGUCAGAUGACCCCAGGAUCAUAUUCGAGAACACCCGCAAGGAGAUGUCCUUUCUGCGGAUGCUGAUCGUCCAUUUGGACACCAGCUUUGUCAGGGGUUUACUUUGAAGCUGGAGCCCGUUGAUGUCUCGGAUCUGAUUCUUGUUUCAUGUACAUAAUCCAUAUUUCUCACAAGUGUAUAGCCAUGGUUCUUUAAUUUAAAGCUUUGUCAGAAGUAAUCGGGCACUUUGUUCUGUUUUAGAUAAGGUUCUGUUACAUGUUUCCGAAAUCCGUGUGAAUUACAGCAGGCUCCAGAUUCGAGUCUGGUUUUCCGCAAUGUGAAAAAAAAAUAUUUCUUAUUCUGUCCAUCAAGAAUCUGGUAUCAGGAGUUUUACUUUGCAAACAAAGCAGUGAAUCUCCAGCUUCUGCG